CGGGGCCCCGGCGGGGAGGCUCAGCCGCCCUGCCGUGCUCGCGGCGGGAGGAGAUGCCGCCACCGCGGUUGGGUCCGGUUUUUCUUUUGUCCCUGGAGCCUCUCUUUUUUCCUUGCUCCGCUCGAGAGGCGGAGUCCCCAGCCAGCCCCCCCCCCCACUCUGCCUGUGUGUCUGCUCCUGGGCUUGUCUGCUGUCGGUGCUUUCCUCCCUCCCUCCUCGCUAGUUAGGCAAACAACAAGCACCCGAGGCCGGCCCCUCCGCUCGCUCCUGCAACCACAGCCGCCCAGCAUGGCCCAAUAACGCCCUCAGUGACGCCCUCGCCGUUUGCAUGAUCCCCGCCCUUGCAUCAUCAUCAUCAUCAUCAUCAUCACCGCCACCCUCCUCCUCCUCACAAUAACAAGCGAGCCCCCGCCAGCUGAGCCUCCCAGCCGCUCCCGAGCCCGAGCCUCCCCGGCAGCACAAAGAGCCUCUGCGCCCUUCGUCCAGGGCCUCGCAGGAACCGGCUCCAGCAUACUUUAACAAUGGGACGGAUUUUCUUGGAUCAUAUUGGUGGCACUCGCCUCUUUUCUUGUGCAAAUUGUGACACAAUCUUGACCAACCGCUCGGAACUCAUAUCUACUCGCUUCACAGGGGCUACAGGACGAGCCUUCCUCUUCAACAAGGUAGUAAACUUGCAAUACAGUGAAGUCCAGGACCGCGUCAUGCUCACUGGCCGCCACAUGGUCCGUGAUGUGAGCUGCAAGAACUGCAACAGCAAGCUAGGCUGGAUCUAUGAAUUUGCCACUGAAGACAGCCAGCGUUAUAAGGAGGGCCGUGUUAUUCUGGAAAGAGCUUUGGUUCGAGAGAGCGAAGGGUUUGAGGAGCAUGUUCCAUCUGAUAACUCCUGAAUGGACAUCUUUUUGUCUUUGGGCUUUCUCUGUUGAAACUUAAAAAAAAAGAGAAAAAGGAAAAAAAAUCUACUUACAUACACUGUCACCUUAGCAUCAGCGUUGGAUUCAUGAACUACAGAGUGGGAAAGAUUGUGAAAGAAUUUCAGAUGGAACUUCUUUUUUUUUUUUUUUUUGCUCCCCUCCCCUGCUUUGAGUUUUAUUGUAUGAAUGCUGUUAUCUUUGCCUUCUCUCUUACAGUCUCAGAAAUGUAAGCAUUUGCAGUUAUGAAUCGUCUGAAAGAACCAUGGAAUAUUUCUUUUUUAUUAGAGAGAUCAGUGAGAUUUUAGUUUACAAACCUGUGACAUCAAAAGAAAAGUCUAGCAGUGUCUUUUUUUAAAAUUAUUUCCAUUUUCCCCAUAGUUUUAAUUCAUUUUUAGCCAGACACUUCAACUGAUCUGCUGAUCUAAAAAAAGGUCCGAAUUCAUGGUGAUUGCUAAAGGUUCAGUGUUUAGUCCAGUUUGUGCUGGCCGUUGAUUCAUAUUCUUGUUGGGAUUCAUAGGUAGUACAGACCUUGUGCUUGUCUGUUGUCUUCUUUUUUUUUGUAACCCCAAGAUGUUGUCAUUCCUUAUUUGCUUAAGCACCUCUUAUACCAUAAAACUGAUCCCUUUUUCUUAUUUUCAUUUUCCAGAUGUAACUUGCACAUUAAUAUAAAGCAAUGGCUGUCUGGUCUUUGUUGCCUCAAAACUUUGUUGAUAGUGAUGGAGCAGUUACUAUUGUUUUCUUCUCUUGGCUGGCCUACUUAAAUAGAAAAGUUGCAACUCUAAACCUUGGCUUUCCCCCCUUUUCUUUAGCCUUUAGCUUUGCAUUAAGAACCUGGCAAUAAGGAAGAAGAGGCAUGCUAGCAUGUACAGUCAUGCAUACAGCCAGGCACCCAAUCUGCAUCUGUUUAAAUGGUUAACAACUUGUCCUCAAAUGCUGAAAGCUCUUGCUUUUAGUUGCUUCUUUCCAUACUGCGCCUUUACUGCUUUCACCAGCACAACUAGCUCGUCCGGCUGUAAUCAGUAGCUAGGUUACUUGGUGCUUCUUGUAGCAGUUCCUUGUGUUGCAAUACAAAGAUCUUGCUCAUCUGAGCAAACUUUUCUGUAGUCUAUCUUUACUCAGGGGUGCCCAAACAUUGCUGCCAGCAUGGCCUGUUGUUCCCUCCCCACCCCCCUUGGAAGUCCAAAAGCUUCAAGGAUUAAUCACAAUUUUGUACUUUCCUUGUCAGUACGAAGUAUUUCAUGGACAAGGUAUUUGCCUUACUGUAGCUGAUUCUUAGCAAUCUAAUAGCACUUAAGUCCUAUUAAUGAACAAGGAAUGCAAGCAGGGCCUCCCUGCAGCUAGAGGAAGAAUGGUCAUGACUUCAAUCCUAAGCAUGCUUGCAGUGGCUUGGAAGGGGAGUUUUGCCACAGCAAGUGCCUUUAGGAAUACUGCUCCACAAGCCAUGCCUCUUGUAUGUGACUAGCACACUGGAGGGGGGCUGUGGCGGUUCUUUUCACACUCCACAGUGGCUUUCUGGUCAUUAAGCUGCAGUUUGGGCACCCCUGUUAGCUUGAAUAUUAAGUAGCUUUAGUAUGCAAAUUAGAGGGAAAACAUGUAGACAUGUACUGAAGCUAAGUUGAAUCAGGAUGCUUAAACAAUAGUGUACUUGUGCCUCAGAUGAGUAAACUUUACUAUUGACUUGAGUAGUUCCCCAUUAUUUUAGUACCUGAGUGUUUCACUAACCUGGUAACUUCUCAUUGACACAGUCCUUGGCGUACUCUACAUGUAUUUUUGAUGUUGCAGUACAAUAAAGUAUGUUUUGUCCUG